AGCAAUGGGUGAGAAAGGAUGAGAUCAAACAUGAAGUAAAUGAGUACUUCAAAGAAAGGAAUAAAAGAACUAAAACAAUGUUAUAGUAACAGAUCAACUCAGAAGCAGAGUUUGCAAUUGCCAAUCAACUCUUUCUAAAACACUUCCAAUCUAUUAACACACCACGUUCCAUCCUUUCAUAGUGUCCCACCCCCUGUGAUCCCAAACCCGCAUCUAUGCAGAUAAGCCCCUCUAGUCUACAACCCUCUUACUGCCACCAAAUUCUAAGUCACUAAUUCAGCUGGUUUUGAGGCAUACCACCGGGUUGCUGCACCAUUCAUAAACUGAGUAAUGAAAACCCUGCGAUUUUGCGGACAACCAGCACCACGAUCUGACCUGAAUUAGCUCGAAGGUCCUGAAAAUUUCAGCUGGCUCACCCCUGAAAAUCAAAUUAUUCCUCGCAUUCCAAUUGGCCACACAACAGCAAGGCACACCGCCCUCCAACUGAUGGAGUGUAUUGCUCAUAUUAUUGUGAUUAUUUCGGAAAAAUUCCCAUGAGCUUGAGCAUGUGGGCCACUGGAAGAGGAAAUAUGGCUGAAUUGCUUGUAACUGAACGACCCCAUUUUCUUCCAAUUCCUAUGCCUAAAAGAUUAAGCUAUGCUUUCUGAGAUAUUUGCCUUUUUUAGUACCCAACGUUCGUAACUCCCUCCACGGCUCUACCUUUUCUUUCUUUCUUUCUCACCACAAACUGUCUCUUAGAGUUUGUUGGACUCACACACCAAGAAGAGGGAAUUCCAAAUCCCUCUGUCUCAAAAUUUCCAUCAUAAACUGUUGGAGUUUCUUUUCCUUAUAGUAUAGGUAAUUCACAACUACAAUGACAAUUACUUUCUUCCUUAUUUAAGGUCCUCAAAUUUCUAACUGUGUGCUAGAACCACCUUCAACAAACAAGAUUCAAAUGAUCAAACCUCAAAUAUUAUUCUGAAUGUUCAAAAAGCAUGCCUGCUUCUCCUGGUUGAUUUGUGGUGUUUAACUAAUUAUUCUGUCUUUUCUUGAUUUCUAUUUUUUCUGGUGGGUAUUUUCUGUUGUGAUAUUUUUCUAUGCACACAUAUAGUGUGUCAGUUUCUUUAAUUUUGAAUUCCUGAUUCUGUUAUUUUGUGCCAACUAUUGCAGGUAAAGAAUAACGAGUGCAGGAGACAAGCAAAAAAUGCAUGAGCAAACUGGUUGCUUUGAUCCCAACACAAUGGCAGAAGGUGUAAGCUCUCAAAAAGAUAGCUUUCCUCAAACUCUUCUUGACCCACAACCACAAUCACUUAUGGUUACAGAGAACACCACAAACAGCAACAACAUCAUGGAUAACCAUUUGGUGCAAGAGGUCAUUGAUGCCCCUCUCUAUCAGCAAUCCACUUGGGACCCUAAUGUUCAAGAAGUACAAGAUAUGAGCUAUGCUAACCAUCCAGAACAACAAUUUCAGCAUAUUGAUGCACAAAACUACUGCCAAAGCUACACUCCUUCCAUACUAGACCCUUCUUACCCUUCACCAGAUCUCCUAAACUUUCUCCACUUGCCCACAUGCUCAGCUUCAUCUUUACUCACCAAUCCACCCAACAUUUGCAUCUCAAACCCAACUCAGAGGACACCCAAUUUCCAGAACUCAAUGACCUUUCUAGGAGACCUUCCAAUGGGACCAGACAACACAAGUGCAUCCUCAGUUCUGUAUGAUCCUCUAUUUCAUUUGAACCUGCCUCCACAGCCUCCAGCCCUCAGAGAGCUGUUCCAAUCUCUCCCCCGUGGCUACAGGUUGCCAACCAGCUCCAGGGACGAUUCGCUUUUCGGUGGAGGGGAUGAGAUGGAGGGAGAUGGGAGCCAGCUUGACAUGGGAGUGCUGGAUUUCAAUAGGGGCACAGCUUCUGUUGGCAAAGGAAGGGAAGGAAAAGGUGCCAAACCUUUUGCAACUGAGAAAGACAGAAGAGAGCAAUUGAAUGGAAAAUACAAAAUCUUGAGGAGUCUUAUCCCUAACCCCACCAAGCCUGAUAGAGCCUCUGUUGUUGGUGAUGCCAUUGAGUAUAUAAGAGAGCUGAUUAGAACAGUCAAUGAGCUCAAACUAUUGGUGGAGAAGAAAAGACAUGAGAGGGAGAGGUGCAAGAGGCCAAAAAACGAAGAGGAUGCUGAGGAAAGCUGUAACAUUAAGCCUUUUGGGGAUCCAGAUGGAUACAUAAGGACCUCAUGGCUCCAGAGGAAAUCCAAAGACAGUGAGGUUGAUGUCCGAAUCAUCGAUGAUGAUGUCACAAUCAAAUUCUUCCAGAGGAAGAAGAUUAACUGCCUGCUAUUUGUGUCAAAGGUUCUGGAUGAACUUCAGUUGGAACUUCACCAUCUUGCAGGUGGACAUGUUGGUGAAUAUUGGAGUUUCUUGUUCAAUAGCAAGGUAAUUGAAGGUUCAUCAGUCUAUGCAAGUGCCAUAGCCAACAGGGUGAUUGAUGUUUUGGACAGUCAAUACGCUGCAGCAGUUCCACAGACAAGUAGCUAUUAGAGCCGUGGAAGAUAGUGUCAAUAUCAGGAACAAAAGACAUGCAUGAAACUAUAACAUAUACUGGUAGUAAUAAUAAUAGUAGUAACAAGUUCCUGAGGACACUCAGGUGAUAGUGAGAUUAUAAAGUUUAACAGUUUCUGACUUUCUGGUUCAAAAUAUAGUUUCUUCAAGUAGUACCAAGUCCUUUUUGGGAUUAUGCCAUCUACCAUUUGUCCUCUUUUCUUUCUUUUUACAUACAUUUUCCAUUGCUAUUUUA